AAAAAAAUAAAAAUUGAUUGAAGAGUGAAGACGGGUUCCUUGGAAUUUGGAUUGAAAUGUCCCAAUGGAUACCUAUGUCCAGAAAACGACACCUAAGCUCAGUUUCAAAUGAUGAUAGAAUUGUUGCCCAGAAGAUGGAAGAAGUGCAUGAAAAUACUGACCAUGAAAAUACAGAGAUUCAAGAUCCAACCUCAAAUGAAUUUAAUAUCACUGGACUGUUUGUUGAAACCCAUGCUUCAAAUAAACACAUGAGUUGUAAUGAGCCUACUGCUGUGAGUAGUGGAAUAUCCAUGUCAAAUGAUGCUUGUCAGGAAGGCAGUGAUAAUGUUCCAGCUGACGCAGGAGGUGAUCAGAAUGUUGCAGUCAAAGCCUAUGCUGACAGUGAAAAACACAUAUCAAGGGACACUGUAACUGCCCAAAUCAAGAUACCACAUGCUGUACACACAGCACUGAAGUCAGGAGGUGGUGAACUGGCAGCCAGGCUGGCUGAGACUGGCUGCACUGUCCAGCUACCCAGGAAAAUGAAGAAGCCUGUCACAGUCUGUGGCAGCUCAGAGGAGGAUGUUCAGUUGGCAUGUGAACUGCUUAAGACUGGUUUGACUCCUAGUAAACAGGCGCGGCCGCUUUUGACCCACUUUGUGUCUGUUCGUCUGACGGAGGAACCGUUACGCCGUCGGUUCGAGGAGUUCCGCACGCUAGUGCGCGACCUGCAGCCGGACCACGAUCUCCUGCCGGACCGGCUCUUUCAGCGGCCCGAGAAACUGCAUAUCUCACUCGCGAUGCUUCAGCUACCCGACGAGGCGGCGCUGCAGGCGGCUCGUGACGUGCUCGACAUCUGCUGCCGUCAGCUGUGCGACCAGCCGCCGGUGCGGUUCCGGCUGCGCGGCCUAGGCACGUUCGGUACUGCAACCCGGUCGCGGGUGCUGUACUCGCGGCCGGAGCCGGCCGAAUGUCUGCAGUCAGCCGCCGAACUUGUGUACAAUCGGCUGAGCGAGGCUGGUCUGACGGGCCGCCAACAGGAGAGCAUCACGCUACACGCCACCCUGCUCAACACGACCUUCCUGACGCGGGGCGCCGCCGGCCGCCGCUGGCGCAAAUUCCGCGGUUUCGACCACGGCCCGCUCGUUGAGAAGCUGGGUGAGUUUGACUUCGGCGAGGUCCAACCUGCGGCGUUCGAGAUAUCGUCGCUAACCGAGAAGGCCGCUGACGGCUACUACGCCACUGCCGGCUUGGGCCAUCUCCGUGUUAACGAGUUACCGCAGCUCGAUAGCUGCCUGUCGUCAGGAGUUGGCGUCGGAGAGCUGCGGCCAGCCGGCGGAGAACUGCAGACAGAUGUCGAAGAGUCGCGGACUGACGUUGUAGAGUCGCGAACAGACACGGUAGAGCCGCGGACUGACGUUGCAGAGGUGCCGACAGACGCGGUAUAGCCGGAGACUGACAUUGGAGAGCUGCAGGAAGGAGAGCUAGGAACAGGCGUCGAAGAGUCGCGGUCAGACGCCGGAAAGUCGCGGACUGACCUCGGAGGGUCGCGAGCAGGCGAUGUGGACUUCCAGGAAGCUUCAGCUGCAACUAGUGAAGAGAGCGACUUGGGCGUGACAGUUGAGACGACAGUUGUAGAGUCACCAGCAACACCGCUAGGAGACAUGUCUCGACUGGCGGGCUUGACUCUGAGCGGUUACCAUGGUGCAUCACAGCCUACGCCCUCUGAUCCUGAGCCACUGUUGCAUGUUGUGGCCUCGGGAUCAAAGGAUGGAGCGGCAACAGAACCGCCUUGAACAAAUGAACACCUCUUGAGGCGGUGAGAACUUUCGGGUGAAAAAUUCCGAUGUACAAAUACUUGUGAUGUCCGUCUGACGUUGAACUGAGCCAUCCGAGCCUAGCGGAGCUCUUUGCACUUGUAUGUCCGGCGUCAAUAUUUGAUAACGGACGAUGGAUAACGUAUUUUGUACUUUGUACGUACUUUCUUGGUAACAAUAUUACUUGUUUUGAAAGUCAUUUGCUAACAUAUUGUUGAUAAUUAAUGGGUAUUUAUUUACAAUGCGCCACUACAGCUCAAUACACCUAAACCUACCUACGGGCUACGGUUGCACGUUUAUUCUUG